UUAGCUUGUAAUAUUUUACAGUAAUGUAAUGUUUUCUACUGAUUUCUCAGAUUCUCCAGGACUUUACACUCCUGUUCGGGUCAGACACGGCUUCCAGACUGUUGGAAAGGUGGCCAACAGUUUUCAUGUCAAAGGUUAUCAAGCUAGCAGGAACCUUGACAUCUACUCCACUGCUGAAAAGAUUGCUGUCCUCUGCCAAACAGAACAAAGAAAGCAGCGAGGCUGAGGAUUCCCCAGAGUGGGACAGUGACAUAUCAUCCUUUCUUCUGCUUCUGCAUUUUUUGUCGCCCCAAGUUUCUGGAAGAAAGAAAACCCAGAAGAUGAGCAUCUCACAGGCAGUUGACCAUCUGGUGGUUUUUCAAAAGGCAUGCCGGAGUAUUCAGGAACACCUCGAGACAGAAGACAAUCGUCAACCUUACAUUCUUGCCAUAGGCAGCAGCAAGGAAGCCAUCAGUCAGUUCUUCAUUGUGCUUGACAAAAAGCUCAUCCCGUGUCAAGAAUCCUCUUCACUAGCGGCAAUCGAUGAACUGUUCAAGGUCCAUUUUGUGUUCAGUAUCAGUUAUGAUCCUCCACUUAAAGGUUUGUUUACAUUUCUCCAGACCACAGUGUACAGAAUUGACAUUGGCAGCACAAGUGAAAGCCCAAGGGUGAAGGAGCUCAGAGCUAAGUUACUGAAUGAUGUUUAAAUGCUACAUCUGUAAAGCACUGUUUGUUACAACUGUAAAAUUAAUUCGGCACCUUAAACUUGUACAUAAUUUGUAUCCUGGCAAGAGCUGGUUUGUGCACAGGAUGGUUGCUCUCUACAAUUUAAAAGUUAUGCAGGGUUUAAAAAACAUUUAACCAGAUUUCAUUUUAGGGGUGUAGCAUCAAGCAGUGAUAACAUAUCUAUUCAAAAUAAGCAUGCUCCAAAUCCUGACGAAGCACUUGUGUCUGACACAGAGCAAAUGACAGAUAAUGAUGCUCAAGUGGUUGAAUGUUCUUCUCUUUCAAAGGAUAGUUCAAGGGAAAUGUGCGCAUCCGUAAUUGCCAAACUGCAGGCUAAUGGUGUUGCAAACAAUUUAAUUUUGUCUGUUAUUGAAAGCAUGAAGGAUUUUGUUGAUGAUUUCCAUACUAACUUAAGGGAGAACGUUUUACAUGUUGUACCUGUUGACAGCACAACUAGAAGUUCAGUUGAAGAGGUUUUUAAUUAUUUUCAUAAUCCAUUCUCUGAUUUUAAUCCAGACACAAAAUGGAGAAAAUAUUUCAGCAAGAAAUGGGGAGUUGCUGAACCCACUGAAAUUCACUUGGGUGUCAGAUACGAUUCAAGAAGAAAUACGAUCUCUGGAAUGUAUGAACAAACAACAGUUAAUGAAACCUUUAUUUACAUCCCUCUGCUCAAAACUCUAGAGUUCAUUUUUAGAAAUGAGGAAGUGUGUAAGCUGAUUCAAGAAGAAAGGCAAAGUGACAUGUAUAGAAAAUUUUGUGAUGGGCAGUAUUACAAAAGGCAUCCAUUGUACUCCAUCCGUAAUAAUGCACUGGAGAUUCAAAUUUACUAUGAUGAUUUUGAAACAGCUAAUCCAUUAGGAUUUAAACAAGGAAUCCAUAAACUUGGCUGUAUAUAUUUUGUGCUUCGUAACCUGCCAUCACAUGUAAUUUCAUCCUUGAUGAACAUACAUCUAAUUUCUUUAUUUCAUUCUGAAGAUGGAAAAAAGUAUGGCAUGGACAAAAUACUUGGCCCAUUGAUUGAUAAUGGUAAAGUUCUUGAGCAGAAGGGAAUGAAGGUGUCUUUUUCUGAGGAGCCCAUUUUUGGUACAAUUGCUCAAAUUACUGGCGAUAACCUGGGUCUAAACAGCAUUCUUGGUUAUGUUGAAUCUUUUUCUGCAAAACAUUACUGCAGAUUGUGCCUUACUGACAAGGUGUUAGCACAGGAAGUAUUUAGUGAGGAUGAUCCAAGGAUGAUUUUGCGUAACCGAAACCAAAAUGAGAAGCAUUACAAGUAUCUUGCUGACAACCCCAACGAAAACUCCUGUUAUGGUAUUAAAAGAAAUUCUAUACUCAACACCUUGACUUACUUUAAUGUAUCUGAGAACUUUAUGCUGGACAUUAUGCAUGAUAUUCUGGAGGGAGUGGCACAAUAUGAAGUAAAACUGCUUUUUGAAUAUAUGAGUUGUAAUCUUAUACCGGGUGAUUCCAUUCCUCAAAGACUGUAUGCCUUCAGCUAUGGUUUUUUGGACCAAAAUAACCGCCCAACCAAGGUCAACCUUCAGCACCCAGGAAACAGCAUUGGACUUAAUGCAAGUCAGACAUUGUGUCUCAUCAGGAACAUCCCUCUUAUAUUUGGAGAUGUAGUUCCAGAGGGAGAUAAACACUGGCAUUUGAUGUUGCUGCUCUUGCAAAUUGUUAACAUUGUGUUUUCUUAUUGCAUUUCUGAAGGAAUGAUUAUAUUGUUGAAGCAUCUGAUAGCAGAGCAUCAUCGAUUGUUUAAAGACUUGUAUCCUUCUAGAAAUCUGAUUCCGAAGCAUCACCUUAUGAUUAACUACCCUCCAUGCAUCGGGCAAAAUGGCCCAUUAAUUCAUGUGUGGACGAUGAGGUACGAAGCAAAACACAGGUUUUUUUUUUUAAAAUUUAAAAAACUUCAAAAACCUCACCAAAUCGCUUGCAAAAAAACACCAGCUGGCAAUAGCCUAUCACUGGGAAUCCUGUACAUCAAGGGGUAUUGAUUCUGGUCCUGUUUCAAAUGAGUUGUUGUCUGACCUUGAAAAGUGUGAUUUUAUUCAGAGCAACUCAACAUUGAUCUCUCUAGUGAAGUAUCACUCCUUGGGUGAAGUGUCAUGGUACGGAGUGUAGAAAAAAAUCUUGUUGUUUGCUUAGAUUUGGUUGAGGAUGUACUAGUCUUUGGAAAGAUUGUUCAAAUUUUGAUCAAGGAUGGAGUUUAUUUUUUGGUCUCUUGUAUGGAAUCAGAGUUUGUUGAACAUCUCCAUGCUUUCAGGGUUUUUGUACAAGAGCACAGCUUUGUUCUAAAAAAAACAGAACAAUUAUUUUACUACAAGCCAUUUGAUUUGCAUAUGGCAA